AUGCACCUGCUCAAUCGAACACCCUUCCGGAGGCGCGAGAUUAGACGACUCCUCGCGAUCAUCGAUUUUCUCGAUCCAAGGUCCAUUGCCACCAAGGUGCUGCAGCAAGUUCCACCCCUUGCGGUGCGUCUUGGGCCCGCCUUCUACAGGAACUUGGAGAGGGUGAAACCAGGUUUUCCAACUGCCAACAUGGGGAGACGCAAGACUGCGGUCCCUCCCGGGCGGCGUGAAUGGCUGUAUUAUUGGCAAGGAUCUCGAUUCAUGAUUGUAAAAUGUAAUGGCGCAGACGACCACAAGAAGGAGAAUCGAAACCUUCACAAGUGA